AUGGAAAAGGAACGUCCCUUCAAAGUUCUCAUAGUCGGCGGCUCAAUCACGGGUCUGACGCUCGCCGCUGCCCUUGCCCGCGCAGAUAUCGAUUUUCUCGUACUCGAAGGCUAUGGCAAGAUCGAUCCGACAAUCGGCGCUGCGUUGACAGUUCCCACCAAUGCACUGCGAAUUUACGAUCAAAUGGGCAUAUACGAUGAUAUCAAAGCACACAUUAAGCCGUGCACAGAUGUCUACACAUACCAGGAAAAUGACAAGAGCAAGGUGCUGUUGAACAAGAGAAUCAUAAGGGUUGAUCAUUCCGAUACUGGUGUGGUUGCACACUGUGAGGAUGGGACUGAGUACACCGGUAGUAUGAUUGCUGGUGCGGAUGGAGUUCAUAGUACCAUUCGGGGUGAGAUGUGGAAGUUUAUGGAGCAGAGCCGGAAAGGGAAGAAGAAGGCUGAGAAAGAUAGGAAAGCUAUGACGGCUGAGUUUGCGUGCAUCUUUGGAAUAUCCAGUCCAGUAGAGGGCCUCAAGCCGGGGAUUAUCUAUCGGACCUGGGGUAAAAACUUCACCAACUUUGCAAACGUUGGGGAAGACAACCAGGUCUUUUGGGUCCUCUUCACCAAGAUGGACCAAAAGUUUCAAUAUCCCAAUGUACCGAAGUUCACGAGAGUGGAACAAGACGCGCUGGUUAAGAAAUAUGCGGAUUCUCAUGUUGCAGAAGGUAUCAAGCUUGGGACGAUUUAUGAGAACAUGACAAGUUCCUCAUUUAUUGCUCUGGAAGAAGGAGUAUGCAAGUUGUGGACGUGGGGUAGAUUCGCAUGCUUGGGUGACUCGGUUCACAAGACAACGCCCAACAUCGGUCAAGGUGCUGGUAUGGCUAUUGCCGACGCCGCAUCCCUUGCGAACCAUAUUGUGUCGAUUGCGAAGAGCUCAGAUGGCAUGCCGUCAUCGGAUGAUAUUACCGCGGGCCUCAAAAAAUGGGCAGGAAGUCUACGGCCAAGAGCGCAGUCAAUCUGCGAUGCAGGAGCUCUCUAUAUGAGGUUAGAGGCACUAGCUAACUGGCCGCUCAAGUUAGCUGGGCUUUACAUUGCGCCCCACAUCCCGACAGUUUUUGCGGAUCUUCUCAGUGUUCUUGAUAUUGGGGGACCAACAUUGAAUUUUCUAGCAUUGCCGGAGACGAAGAAUGAUUCCGUGUCGACUGAGAAAGAAGCAAACAAACGGAAGUGGAAGGUGAGCUGGUAUAUUCGAGCAUUCUGGGCUGCGAAUUUGAAGUUGAAAUGA